GGGGACUGGGCCGCCGGGAGGGUGGUGAUUCUUGUUUGUACGUCUCUCUGAGGUGGGGUGCUGCCUUCCCCGCUGGUCGGGGGCUGCGCCGCGACCUGUCGGCGGGGCGUUCGGUGCCUGCCGGUGGUGCAGCUAAAAGCUGAAGUUGUAAUGCACCCAUGAAUGAGUAGUGCUAGUCUGGUACAUCAAUGGCCUCUGUGCCAAUAAUUCCAGACUCUUACAACCAUGUGUUGGCAGAGUUUGAAUGUUUGGAUCCGUUGCUUUCUGCGCUCAGGCUGGAUUCUAGCCGUCUGAAGUGCACAUGUAUAGCUGUGUCGAAGAGAUGGCUAGCUCUAGGCAGUUCAGGAGGAGGACUAAACCUUAUACAGAAGGACGGCUGGAAGCAAAGACUCUUUCUCGCUCAUAAGGAAGGUGCCAUUUCCCGGGUUGCCUGUUGUUUACAUGAUGAAGACUACGUUGCUGUCGCCACCAGCCAAGGUCUUGUAGUAGUCUGGGAGCUAAAUCAGGAACGCCGUGGGAAGCCAGAACGGAUUUAUGUUUCCUCAGAGCAUAAGGGCAGAAAAGUGACAGCUCUAUGUUGGGAUACAGCUGCCCUUCGUGUUUUUGUGGGAGAUCAUGUGGGAAAAGUAUCAGCCAUCAAGAUUAACACAUCGAAACAAGGGAAGGCUGCUGCUACUUUUGUGAUGUUUCCUGUUCAGAUUAUAACCACCGUAGAUUCUCGGGUUGUUCAGCUUGAUUAUUUGGAUGGAAGACUGCUCAUAUCUUCACUUACACGCACUUAUUUGUGUGAUACUGAGAGAGAGAAGUUCUGGAAAAUUGGUAACAAAGAGAGAGAUGGAGAAUUUGGAGCAUGUUUCUUCCCUGUUGGGAAAAACAGUGUGAAUCAGCAGCCAUUAAUAUAUUGUGCUCGACCUGGCUCAAGGAUGUGGGAGGUGAACUUUGACGGGGAAGUACAAAGCACACAUCAGUUCAAGCAGCUGCUCUCAUCACCACCUCUUCCUGUUGUUACUCUCAGGCUGGAUCCUCAUUAUACUAGUUCCAGCUGCUCUCCGCAAUCUUUAUCUUUCCCCAAGCUACUGUAUUUGGCUGAGCACUGUGUGAUGACCUGGACAGAAAGAGGCAUUUAUAUUUUUCUGCCCCAAAGUGUUCAAGUCUUGCUCUGGAGUGAAGUAAAAGAUAUUCAGGAUGUUGCGGUUUACAAAAGUGAGUUGUUCUGUCUGCAUACGAACGGAAAAGUGGUGCACCUCUCCCUUCUGCUGGUAGACCGCUGCAUAGAGCGUCUGAUAAGAAGAGGGUUCUGGACACUUGCUGCCAGAGUCUGUUGUCUCUUCCAAAAUUCAAUAAUUUCUUGCAGAGCAAGAAAAAAUUUGCCUCUAGACAAGCUGGAGCACUUGAAGUCUCAGCUGGAUGCCUCAACCCAACAAGAUCUCAUUACGCAGAUGGAAGAACUAAUUUCAAAGUUGGAACCUCUAGAUUCUGCAUGCAGCAGUAGAAGGAGCAGUAUUUCAUCUCAUGAAAGCUUCAGUAUCUUGGACUCUGGAAUAUAUCGUGUUAUCAGUCGAAGAGGCAGUCAGUCAGAUGAAGAUUCAUGUUCUCUCCACAGUCAAACAUUCUCGGAAGAUGAGAGACUUAAAGAAUUUCCUGCUCACCAGGAAGACGAGCAAGUGGAACUUGACAAUGUAUCUCAUGCAUCUGUGACGGUUGAGGCUGACCGGAAUGAGACAUUUCUCCCAUUCAGUAUUCCUUUGUCAUUUCGUUCCCCAUCUCCUCUCGUCUCUCUCCAAGCUGUCAAAGAAAGUGUUUCCAGCUUUGUACGCAAAACUACUGAAAAGAUUGGCACACUUCAUAUAAGUCCUGAUACUAGAGGGAGGCAAGAAGCAAAGGAUGACGAGCCACUGCAGGAGUUGACUGUUAGUCUGGUAGCAUCUCCCCAGGAAGAGAAAGAGUUAGAACCACAGAGCUGCCAGCUUCCAGAGGAGGACUAUCUAAGAGAUCUCAAUGCUGCCACAGCAGAAGCUAUAGCCAAACUGCAGGAUCCCCUGGUUUUGUUAGAACCGCAGUGUAUGAGAAGGGUUUUACAGGAAUGGCUUAUCUAUCUAGAAGAAAAGUUCGGCAGCAAAGAGCAUUCUGCUUCCUCUAUUAAGAAAAGCAAGACUGUGUGUGUCGAAGAAGAGAGGGAAGUCCUGGAGGAAAACCCACGACUGGAUCCAACUGAUGGAGACCCAUCAGACAAAGAACAGAGUAUCUUGAAAGACUGCUCUGAAAAUACUGAUGACACCUGUGUAAGCAAAAACAUGUGUGAAAAUAGUACUGAUUUGAAGGGACCUUUGGAUUCCUGCUUUCAAGUGUCUCCUCCAUGUGUCAUAGCACCGGAUGUUCAGAAAGAUCUUGUUGAGUUGACAACACUGUGCUUUGAGCUGCGUGUAUUUUCUUGUGGAAAUGGUGAGGCAGAGGAAAGCUCUGAUGGAAGCCUGCCACUAUCAGCUUCAUGGACUUUGGCUUGUAGGUUUAUGCGAAGCUACUUCUUUCUUUUGGAUUUAAAAAGACUAAAGCAGUGUAUUAUAACCAUGUAUUCAACCAUUCCUAAUGUAUGGGAAACAUACAUCGCAGGAUUGAAAGAACUAACUUGUCACAGCCCAGUGGCUUUAGCAAUGGAAAAUGAAGAUAUGUUGAAAAUACUGAAACAGCUGCAUGACCUGGGGCCUUGGGAUGAUAGCCCGCUGUUGCUGGUGCACGCUCAAAGGCUUUAUGAAAAAUUUGGGGAAACAGCUCUUCGGCCCUUGAUCAAGUUCCACCCCUCUAUUUUGCCUUCUGAUAUCAAACAGCUUUGCAGGAAUGAUCCAGCUCACUUUUUAGCAUAUUUAGAUAGUCUGGUGAAAUCAAAGCCAGAGGAUAAAAGGUCAUCUCUCCUUAGAUCUCUUCUGCAGCCUGAAUCUGUACGACUGGAUUGGUUGUGCUUGGCAGUUUCUCAUGAUGCGCCACAAAGAACAAAUACUGUGGAUGCAGAAGGAAAUCCCAGGCCACGAUCGCAUUUGUUUACCUGGGGCUACAGCCAGCUUAUUCUGCUUUUGAUUAAACUCCCAGCUGAUUUUGUUACAAAAGAGAGGAUGGCUGACAUCUGUAAAGCACAUGGAUUCUGGCCUGGAUAUCUUUUUCUCUGUCUGGAGCUGGAUAGAAGAAUAGAAGCCUUUACUAAUAUUGCUCAUUUGGAUGAUUUGAGCCUGUUGAAUGGAGAAGAUGGUUCCAUUCCAGAGACUAUAGAAGAAUGGAAGUUUCUUCUGCGUCUUGCACAAAAUCACAGCACCACUUUCCACCACCAUGGCCCACAGAACGGGAAAGUUGUCAGCAAUGGUAGCCCGAGCUGCCCAGACUGCAUCACUGUAGAAAACGUAGCGCUCUUACUGGCAAAGGCCAUUGGCCCAAAUCGUGCCUUGCCUCUCUUGCAGGAGUGUGGCUUGACACUAGAAUUGUCUGAGAGAUUUACUGGUGUCUGUGAGAUACUGAGAAUUGCUGAGAAAAGGCAAAGAGCGCUGAUUCAGUCCAUGUUGGAAAGGUGUGACCGGUUUUUGUGGUCUCAGCAAGCAUAGAAAACAACUUGGGAAACUUUGGAAAUGUUUUUUACUGUAACGAUUUUAUAUUAAAGUGCCUCUUAAACUCAACAGGCUCUUAAAGAAAUGAACUCCUGUCUAAAAGUUCAGUUAUAUUGAGCCAGUCUCCAUCUGGCAGGUGUCCGACUGGGAACUAUUGAUGGUUCUUCCUUAUCCCUUUGGAGAUGAGUUUUGAACUCUAGAAGUUAAAUCAAAGCAAUCUAGUAUUUAUGUUGAAAUUAACCUCACAUAUUUAUGAGAAGAAAAUUCCUGAAUUUAUUUUCUCAGUCUAUAUGACUUAAGUGUUAAGAAUAUGAGCCCCUAAAUGUUAAAUUAUGGAGUAUAAAACUUUUUGUUUGUUUGCAAACAUGAGAAGCUAUUUCUUGCAAAUAUGUAAGCCUGUAAUUAUUUAAUUUUCCUGUAAACGACAUUGACUUUUUGAAGUUACUGUAGAAGUACUUUUUAUGAUACCGCCCCCCUUUAAAUUAUAUGGACUGGUCUUGCCCAUUUGAAAUGCAUUAAUUGAGCCAAAUCUUAAAAUGGGAGGGAGAUAUUUUUCAUGAGUGGAUUAAUGGUUAAGAAUGGUGAUCUACAGAAGAACUUGUUAAAUGAACUUACUGUUAAACUCUUAAGCGUGACAUUUCUAAAUUCCUCUUACCUAUUUGUGCAACAUGACUAUAAACAUCAGUUGUGAUAUUUCAACAAACCUCGGGACAGUGGAAUUAGAAUCACAGAAUCAUUUAAGCUGGAAAAGACCCUUAAAAUCAUCGAGUCCAACCAUUAACCUAACACUGCCAAGUCCACCACUAAACCAUGUCACAAAGCACCACAUCUAUGCGUCUUUUAGAUACCUCCAGGGAUGGUGACUCAACCGCUUCCCUGGGCAGCCUGCUCCAAUGCUUGGUAACCCUUUUGGUGUAAAAAUUUUCCCUAAUAUCCAAUUGAAGUCUCCCCUGGUGCAACUUGAGGCUGUUCCCUCUUGUCCUGUUGCUUCUUACUUGGGAGAAGAGACCAACACCAGCCUCGCUACAACCUCCUUUCAGGUAGUUGUAGAGAGCAAUAAGGUCUCCCCUCAGCUGCCUCUUCUCCAGGCUAAACAAUCCAGUUCCCUCAGCUGCUCUUCAUAAGAUUUGCGCUCUAGGUAGACCCUUCGCUAGCUUUUUUUUGUCCUUCUUUGGAUGCACUCCAGCACCUCAAUGUCUUUCUUGUAGCCAGGGGCCCAAAACCAAACAUGGUCUCUGAGGUGUGGCCUCACCAGUGCCCAGUACAGGGGGACGAUUGCUUCCCUAGUCCUGCUGGCCACACUAUUUCUGAUACAAGCCACAAUGCUGUUGGCCGCCUUGGCCACCUGGACACACUGCUGGCUCAUAUUCCGCUGGCUGUCGACUAACAUGCCCAGGUCCUUUUCUGCCAGGCAGUUUUCCAGCCACUCUGCCCCAAGCCUGUAGCGCUGCAUGGGAUUGUUGUGACUCAAGUGCGGGACCCGGCACUUGGCCUUGUUUAACCUCAUACCAUUGGCUUCACUCAGCUCAUCGAUCCAGCCUGUCCAGAUCCCUCUGUAGAGCCAUCCUGCCCUCCAGCAGAUCAACGCCUCCCCCCCAGCUUGGUGUCUGUAAAAUUACUGAGGGUGCACAGAUCAUUGAUAAAGAUACUGAACAGAACCAGCCCCAAUACUGAGCCCUGGGGAACAUCCUUUGUGACUGGCUGCCAACUGGAUGUAAUUCCAUCUGCCACAACUCUUUGGGCCUGGCCAUCCAGACAGUUUUUCACCCAGUGAAAAGUACGCCCAUCCAAGCCAUGAGCAGCCAUUUUUUCUAGGAGAAUGCUGUGGGAAACUGUCUGUCAAAGGCUUUACUAAAGUCCAGGUAAACUUUAAAUUCCACAAUGAAUGUUGACAUUUUGGAAAGUGAAAGGACCACACGUGUUGUUUUAAUAAAAAGCCGAAGGUUUAAAUAUUUUUAGAUGGAUGCUGUCAAGAAAGAAGUCUUUUUAAAUAUCUGCUAGAAUACUAAGACUCACAAAAUCACUUGGAUUUUAUUUGUCACUUACAGAACUAUGCUUUGUACCAGUACUCUUUCUGCACUUUGUACAUUUUUGAACAAGUUUCUUUUUAUGCUUCUAGUUUUGGCCCUCUUCACUGGCAGACUCUUGCAUUUUUAGCAGGAGGCCAUGGCAUCUGGUCAAUAUUUGAUUUUCACAAAUGUCAUUUAAACAAAAUUUUAACACAUGAAUUGGAACUAAGUUUUAUUAAAAUCUGAAAUUUUAUCAUGAAAUUACUUGAAAAAUAUUUCUUUAUAAAGCAUCUUUUUAUGUUGUCUUACAGGACUUGUGCUGCAAAAUAAUGUUUUUCAUCAAAAUAGGACUUAGUAAUACAACUUUCAGACUUUUGAGAGGUGUCAAUCUGACUAUUUAAUCUCAGUUGCAAAAAAGACUUUACUGUGGAAGACUGGUUACUUCACUAGAGGAAACGAAGUUACAGAGAGACAAUUAGUGGCAGGCAUUUGUCUGUUAAUUGUGUUGCUUGUGGAAAAGCCAAUACAGAACUACUUCUAAAAAAGAAAACUUAAAAUCUUUUGGUGUUUAGAUUUUGAUAUCAGAAACAGCACAGAUCUUUCUAUGGGAAACACCCCACGCUCUCACAGUAGGACUUGGAAUAGGAGCCAGGCACCUGCAGCGUGUGGUGAGGUUACACAAAUCAGAUGAUGCUGGUGCCUGUUCUCUUCCCUGCCAAAUGAGCAGUGCUGCUACCUCAGUGGCUGUUGUGCUUGACUAACUCCAUUUCAUACAGUGUGUGAACGUAGUACAGCUUUAGCUGAGUACUUGUGUUGCCCUCCUUAGAGGAAGCUGGCUGGCUUUCCAAGAACGUACCUGGCUUAUUUCUGUAUGUAAUGGGUCCACUUUAUUUGCUCUGGGUAUUUUGUGUACACAGCAGUUUCUUACUUCAGUGCGGUUUUUGUACAUUUGGUUAACUUCAAGUGAGGGUUGGGACUUUUUUGGGUUUUUUUAAGAAUAAAUCAUAACUUUCCAUUCAGAGCUUUUCUUUUUUUUUUAAUUUUGUGUCAGAAUGGUCAUACAGCUAACAUAAUGAGAAGCAUUUGUUCAAAACUGGUGUCUAAAGUGAGCUUCUGUUGAUGAUUUCACCUAAAUUGGCCAUCAAUAAAGAGUAAGGAUUUACUCUCUGAAGAAGAGUUGGAAAAUCGCUAUUUCCUAUUCU